UGUUUGGCGCUGUCAACAUUGAAACGACUGAAAUUAUCACUCCGUUGUGUUUCAAUCUAUCAAUUUUUAAUUUUUUAUCACUAACUACUUAUUUACACAAUUUCCUCCAGUGCCUGUGUCUGCGGUUUUAGUGUUAAGCACAACGCUGAGCUUCACAUUCUACACACAUUAAAAGAGAGCUGUGCUAAUGAGAACAAACCUCAAGAUCUAGUUUUACAAUUGACAUGUAGUCUCUGUUAACAUUUUAUCAGAGCAGCCCUUCUUCAAUUUGGAAAUGGACCCAGCGAAAAGUAGAACGUUUGAGUAUCCUGAUUUUUGGACUGAUGCCGAGCGAAUGAACGCAUUGUAUGCUCCUUUUCGGAAUCGCAAUGUCAACCCUCUCAACUUUGACACAAAACUGGACUUUUGGAAGAAGAUGAUCGAAAAAUGGUGUUUAUUUCAGUCAAACCCACUCUUCAGUAUCAAAGAUAUCCAAACCUUCUUCCAACGGGACACACGGAGACCCCUCUGUUUGGCGCUUGUUGUAGAUGACUUGUUGAAGAAUAAAGAAAUAAAGUCGGUAGAUGAAUUCUUGCAAGAGACACCCCCAGAACAAUCAUGGAGUGGUUGGGCGGUGCAUUCUUUGGUGAAAAGUCCUGCAAGAUGGGCAUUCACCAAGUUAAAAACUAAUGUAUUUGCCUCCAAUUCAACAGUUCAGGAAGACACUGAGUUUGUCCAUCUGCCAUCUUUGAAGGUGCUUGCUGAAAAUAUCCUCAAGUCCGUCGAAUUUGAUCAUCUCUACGACAUAGAAGAGUUGAAAGAUGUAAUGAAGAAUGAGCAACCAUUUUCUUUGACUAUUGUCAAUUUGAUCGUUCACUACUUAUCACUGCAGAGUAAAGCAAUAAAAACCGUUUUAGAUGGCAAAACUCUAGUCAAAUUUGUAAGUGACAAAGGUGGCCAGAGCUUGACUAUUUCAAAGGAGGAGGAGGCAACAUACACCCUGCAAUCUCAAGAACGCUUCCUAAUAGAGAAUAUUGAACAGCUUGAGAUGGAAAAAGAAAAUUUAGUGAAAGAAGCUAAAAGUUACCUUGAUAGAGGUUUAAGAAAAUUAGCUAAAGUGCAUCUGAGAAAAAAAAUGGAGCUAGAGAAAACCAUCGAGAAAAGAGUAUUAAUACUGGAAAAUAUUCAAAGCUUGAUGAGCAGAGUGAAAGAAGUAGAUUCUAACAGUCAGGUGUUCGAUACUUACCAGCAAGGCGUCUUCGCGUUGGAAUCCAAAAUUAAAGAAGCUGGUCUCAACAUCGAUAAAAUUGACGAUACAAUGGGCAAAAUUGAACAGGCUCUAGAAGACAAUGACGAAAUCGAGUCUACACUGUCUAAAGUCAUAAACUCGCCGUCAGAUGCUGAAUAUGAGGCUGAAUUAGCGGCUCUUUUGCUAGAUGAAUUAGCGCCAGUUCCUGAUCAUAGUCCAACCCAUCUACCAUCUUCUCUAAUAGGAAAUCAAGUUGAGGAUAUGGGCACAUCAGAGGUAGCACACAAGCCGAAAAAAGUUGCAGCUGAAGCAACUGGAUGAUAUUUGCGAGAGUCAUCGUUCAAUGAGGAUUCAAGAUCUUUUUCAUCACUUAAAAUAAUUAAUUCUCAUCAUAUUUUUAGAAUGAAAAUGACAAGCAAAAAUCAUGCCACAAAAUUAGUUCCGUAUGUAUUCUGACCACUUCAUUUUUUGUGUAUGCCACUAUGUUUGACCUGAAAGAGGUCUCUUUGGAAUAUACAAAGGUGUUCACAGGGCUAGGAAAGUCUAGAAAAUUGAAGGCAUUAUACUGUAUUAAAGAAUAAUCAGGAAAUUUUAUAGGAAUGACAAAUUGUUUCUCCAUGUUUCUAAUACUUUUGCUUAUAGUUUUUACGACACUAGAAACAAAAAUUUUAUUUAUUAUCAAGAAUACUUAAUUAUAAGCGUAUUUUUACUCCUAUGUGCAUGAACCUAAAAACUGUGAAUGAUUUGUGGUCAAAAUUUCUCCAUUAUUAAUGAAUCUUAGCAGAUUCUUGACUGAGAGGGUCAGGGAAUCUUGAUUAUCUUGGUCAGGGUUACCUGAAUUUUCAGGAAUUAUCCUUUCUCAGUGCACAGAAACUGUGUGCUGUUAUUUUUUCAGAAUAUGUACUGCCACCUUAAAGCCAAACAUUGGAGUUAGAAUGAGCCUUAAUUUAGGUAAUUAAUAGUGAGAAUUUCUUUGUUAAUUUUAUUUUUUGCUAUGUCUGACUUUUUAAAUUCUGGUAACAGAGAAAUAUUCAAUUUAGCUCACAGUAAAUAGUUUCCAUGUACUUUUUUCAUGUUGUCAGUUGAAAAUUUUAAUAAAGUUGAUUUUUUUACUGUG